AUGAAGCAACGUAUGACCUUUAAGAAGUUUAUGAUGUCCACAUUGGUGGUAUCCACAAUUACACUUAUGUAUUUCGUAUUAUUAUUAAAAACUUGUAAAAUACAAUAUAGUACUAAACCAAAUGAAGAAUUACUUCAUAGAAAUUCAAGAACUUUAGCAUCUGCUAUGCAUCAUUCUUUCAGAGGUGAUUAUUUAACACAAAGAUGUCCUUGUGCUCAAAGAGAAAAACAAAGAAAACAAAAAGUACAAAAUCUAAUAGAAAAUGAAAAUAAUGCGGAAGAUUAUUUUAAUAAUUUAAAAUUUGAUCUUCAAUAUACAGAAGAAUUAAAUACACAAAUUACAACCUUAGAUCCAAAAAACUCAGUAGAAGAACUAAAAAAUAUAUUUUAUGAUUUAAAUGAAAAUCGUAGAAAAAAAUUUCAUUAUCUAAUAGAAGCUUUAGAAAAUGUAACCAUAAUAUUGGCAUAUCAAAAUGAAAUACCAGAAAAAAAAAGAAUGGCAACAUGGUGUAAAAUUAAAUGUGAUCUUCAAUCUGAUUUCAUAAAAGAAAAUCCAAAUAUAGAUUCUAACUUCGAGGCAUUUAUUACGAAAAUACAAUCCAUUGAUGAAUUUAUAUCCUAUUUAAAAGAAUGCAUACAUUCAUGGAAUAAAUUCACUAAUGAAAAGAAAACACAAUACUUUCCAAAAGUAUAUGAAACAUUCCAAUCUGAUCAAAAAUCCAAAGAAAAUAAGCUCAACAAGUUAAAUAACAAAACAGAAUGUAACCCCAAACAAAGUAUGAAAACAGAAUAUGAACCAAAAAAAAGUAUGAAAACAGAAUAUGAACAAAAAAAAAGUAUGAAAACGGAAUGCACCCCCAAAGAAUGUACAAAAACAGAAUGCAACUCAAAUAAAAACGAUAAAAAAGUAAAUAGUACUGAAAAAAAUAACAAAAAUAAAACUAACCAAAAAUGUUGCAAUAAAAAAUAA